AUGCUACCGGUGCGAUUGGUGGUCAACCUCUACACCUAUACAUCUCUUCCGUUUUAUUACUUAUACCAAAAACCAUGGAAACGAAUCAUUGAAUCAAACAAAAGUCGAUCAAAACUGAAGAAUCCAGGGAACGACACAAACACCCGGGUCUCUCACCAGCAGCACCUGACCCACCCUACGUUCAAACCCACUGUCACUGAGACACUAAAUUCUUUGGUCAACUAUUACGGACGGGAUGCACCUAUCCUGGGCUAUAGGGAAGUCCUAUCAGUAACAAAAUCUAUUGGAAGUGACGGCAAAGUGGUCCGCAUUAAUGGCCGGCCCCUCAACUCCUAUACACUCGACGACUAUCAAUGGCUGACUUACGGACAGGUGGACAAUGCCACCACAUCACUGGCCAAAGGACUGAUAGCAAAUGGGAUGGCAUUUGGGGAUAAAGUGUUAAUAUUGUGCGAAACGAGGGUCGAGUGGUUUCUGAGCGCACAGGCAGUCGCCAAACUCGGGGCCACUUUAGUGACACUUUUCCCCAACUUAGGGGACGAGGGUUUAGUUCACGGCAUAAACCAAACGGAAGUCCAGUUGGCGAUCGUGUCGUGCGAUUUGAUGCCAAAUAUAGCGCGACUCAGCGCUAGACUACCGACCCUUCGGACAGUCGUAUACAUCGACCACAAAAACGCUGCCAAAGUGGUGACCGACAGUCAGAUCAACGGUUUUCCCGACACUAUUCGUCUCAUAUCCCUACGAGACGUCGAGAAUACCGGCGCUCAGUCGCCGGACACACCAUUCAAGACACCACAACCCGACGACCCGUUUCUCAUAAUGUAUACGUCGGGCACUACCGGCGCCCCAAAGGCCGCGGUCGCGACACACCGGCAGAUGAUGGAGGGGUCAGCCCGGGCUCUACUAUCUGGCUGCUCGUGGAUGGGCGACACCCGUAGUCACACGUACGUAGCGUUUCUACCAUUGGCUCACAUACUGGAGCUGACCCAGGAGUUUGUCUGCUUCUACACCGGUAUCCGAAUCGGCUAUUCGUCGCCAUUCACUCUCACCGAUACGGCUCCGGGAUUGGCCAGGGGUCAGGUCAGCGACAUUAAGCUACUACAGCCUACUAUCAUGGCGACCGUUCCCCUGGUGUUGGAUAAGCUAUUGAAAGAGGUGGGCGACAAACUGGAAGCCAGUUCCCCGAUUUUGGUUAACGUAUUUGGGUAUUUAAUUGAUUAUAAAACUAAGUGGACUCGACUGGGCUACCGGUGCCCGAUUGUCAACCACGUGGUGUGCCGUAAAGUUAAGGAGCAAUUGGGCGGUCGACUCGAGAUUGUGAUGGCAGGUGGCGCUCCACUCAACCCCAACACUCAGUCCCAUAUUAAGGCACUACUGGACGUCAUACUAGCGCAGGCAUAUGGAGCCACAGAAACCCUGGGAGCUGUAUUAUGUAUGGACUCCGGGGACCUAUCGUAUGGACGAGUAGGCGGACCCCUAUCAGGGGUUGAACUCAGGCUAACCGACUGGAAUGAGGGCGGGUAUCACCCGUCGGACACACCCCACCCUAGAGGAGAGAUAGUAAUCGGCGGUCAAUCAGUUGUCACGGGUUACUAUGGGUCGUCCGAUCAGACCCGGGAGGCGUUUCAUGUGGACUCCUGGGGCGCGCGGUGGUUCCACACGGGGGACAUCGGGGAACUGUAUCCGGACGGCACCGUACGUAUCGUCGAUCGUAAGAAGGAUUUACAUAAACUCCAAAACGGAGAGUACGUAUCGUUGGGUAAAAUAGAGGCGGCGCUCAAGUCGUGCCCACUCGUGGAUAACGCGUGCGUUUUCUGGCGAGUGAACGCCCCAUACCUGACGGCCCUCAUCAGCCCUAACCGGAAACGAGUGCUUAAACUCAGCCACGACUUAGGCUUAAGUGGGGUCUCAAUGGAGGAUAUUGUGGGCAAUGAAGGGGUUAAUAGACGAGUGUUUGAGGCGGUCGUACAAACGGGACGGGAGGCCGGGUUGAGCACGAAAGAGAUACCGGUGCGCAUAGCACUGGUAGCCGAUGAGUGGACCCCUGAUAACGAUCUGUUGACCGCAGCCAUGAAACUGAAGCGAAGAAAUGUGGAGAAGAGAUAUCAUAAGGAAAUCGAUGGUCUCUUCACAAAGGAUGCCAUCGUUUGUAAAGAUAUAAAUCGUAAUUUUUAA